GAGAUUACAUACAUUCUAGCUGGGCCAGGAACGAUCUUCGUUGCGGCCUUGCUGCCCAGUGUAUCACACUUAAUUUCCAGAUGGGUUUCCUAACAUGCAAUCGACCAGUCUCCCACAUCCCAAAUAACAGGGGUGGCCUGCAAGCGAGGAGUGCAAUUACAACAUGUGCGCUUCGCAGUCUAUAAAGAUGCGAUGUAUUGUGCAUCCAGGGAAGAUGACAUUCCAAGCGAUUCUUCACCUUUGACGUUUCCCGUCGUUGUCGAUCAUGAUGAAAUCCCUGAUGGGGGUUCGAAAGCAUGGUGUGCUGUUCUUGGGUCCUUCCUUGCCCAGUUCUGCGGAUUUGGCUAUGCAAGCGCUUUUGGUGUCUACCAAGAAUAUUAUUCGCGGGUUUACCUGUCACACGAGAGUCCAUCGGCGAUUUCGUGGAUUGGCGGUUUGAGCGCAUUUUUUGUAACAGCCAUAGGCCCUAUAUGUGGACUGCUCCACGAUCGGGGAUAUUUCUACCUUGUCUUUGUCGGUGGUGCCUUUUUGCAAUCCUUCUCGCUCUUCAUGUUAUCUCUGGCACAACCGGGGAGUUACUAUCAGGUUUUCCUUGCCCAAGGUAUUGGGUCUGGCGUUGCACAAGGGUUGAUGUACGUGCCCAGCUAUGCAGUUCUCUCCCAGCAUUUCUGCAAACGAAGAGCUCUUGUAAUGUCAAUCGUUGCAUCUGGAGCAUCCCUCGGAGGCGUCGUGCACACAAUUAUGUUAAAUAAGCUUAUCAACGGACCCAUCGGGUUCGCAACGGGCGUACGGAUCAGUGCGGGAUUGGUCACAGUACUUCUGUUCAUUUCAUGCUCACUCAUCCGUACUCGGUAUGAGAUACGGCAUGACGCCUUACCUGUUAACACUUGGAAAGCGGCAAUGAAGUGCGUAACCGAGGUACCUUCCCUCUUAAUGGUUACUGCAUAUCUAUUCUUUCAGACAGCAUACCUCUACCCAUUUUUUUACUUCCAGUUAGAAUCCGUCCAACACGGUCUGAGUACCUCCUUUUCAUUCUAUUCACUGGUCAUUGUGAAUGCCGCUAGUUUCUGUGGAAGGUUGUCUGCCGGCGUCAUUGCCCACUUCAUCGGUGUCGUCGACUUGACAAUCUUUUCGACUCUUGCAUGUGCAGUGUUACUCGGAGGAAUGAUCGGGCUGAGUAGCAUGGAAAGCUUUAUCGUACUUGGGCUCCUGUAUGGCCUCUUAUCUGGGAUGAAUAUCGCAAUGAUGGCGCCGUUCAUGGCUCUCAUUGCGACGAACCCAUCCGAGCUUGGGGUGCGUAUGGGGAUCAGUUUCGCCAUCACAGGGUUUGGUCUUCUUGUUGGAUCUCCGAUAUCAGGCGCGUUGUUGACAAAGCAGUAUAUCUGGUGGGCACCUGCUCUGUUCUGCGCGAUUAUUGCCUUCAUCGGAGGUAUUUUAUUCGUCAUCUUGCGGAUGAGAAUCACUCGCCCUCCGGAGGCUCGGAGGCAAAGUUUACCGGAAUCAUUGAAAGUGAACGAGUAGGGCUUGCAUGGUGACAGGUUAUAAAAAAUAAAGAAUGCCAGAAGCACGCACUUGGGCUUGGCUUGGAAUUGAAGUAGGGGAAAGUUCCACCAUAGGCUCCAGCGAUCGGUAUGGCCAUAGACCUACAGGAAAAGCAUCGUAUCAUUCGAUUCAUGCAAUAACAGCUACAAAAGAGUACGUAUGUGUGGUUUGUGGAGUCGUCAGUAAAUGGGUUUG